AUGCCGCGCCCUCGAGCUCUGCCUCUCCGUUGCCCUCGACAGGCUGCCGGCAGCGGCCUCGUCAGGCUGGUGGCGUUCGGCCACCGGUGUCGAACGCGCUCAUCGCCCGCCUUUCACUCCCAGAACCUCAAGUUGCCCGCGCCCUUCGUCGCCGACACCGUGCAUCGGAUUCUAGAGGAGAGCGUGCUGCUGCCGUCGUUGUCGUCGGGCGAGGUGGAGGUGGAUGUCGCGGAGGCGGAGUGGUACCAGCGGCUGUCGAAGGAGGCCAUCGCCAUCGCCACGUUCGGCCGCAACUACGACGAGGGCAGCGCCGUGUUCCAGAUGUUGGCCGAGCACGCAAGCUACGCCACCGAGCGGCCAUCCAGGUUCUUCUCCUCAACAGCAGCGGCGCGGGUGCCGUCGUUGCCGCCGCCGUCGACACCGGCUGCUUUUUGGCAUCGCGGAUCGCGCUCUCGCCGGCCGGGGCCGCGCCCGCCGGAGGCCGCCGCGCGCUGCGCCCAUCGCCGGUCGGAGGCCGCCGCGCCCGCACCCGCGCACUCGCCAACCGGGGCCGGGGCCGGGUCCGCGCCCGCUGGCAGCCUCCGCGUCGGCGCCCUCGCGCGCGCCCGCCCAACCGCGAGCUCCGGCGUUUCCUGCGCACGCGAGCCGGACGAAGAAGAAAAACGUGUUUGUUAUUCCCCUGACGCGUGGAUCCCACGUGUUAGAUGCACACUCAGCAUGCCAGGUCAGUGUGCAGAGCGGGUUAGGACCCAUUUGGACCUGGUUGAUAGAUGA